AUGUGUUCGCUUUUUUGCUGCGUCAAUUUACCUCUCAGCACCGAUUCAAUUCUUUUUCAACUUCCGUUAUUGAUUGCGUAUGCUGAUGCUAGCAACGAAUUCAAGAUGAGCGAGCUCGCAAUCUAGAUUAAAGCAAUGAUCAGAAUACCAGGGUCUUCAGGUGGAUGAAAAAGAUAAUUUUACAGAGAUGGGAGGUUGCUGCUGUUGCUGUGCGUCUGAUGUAAAUGAGCGUAAUAGGUCACCUCCAUUUUUUCAUCAUCCAGUGUCUGAAGAACAUGAACCUUUAUCAUCGCAUAACGAAAUCUCUGCCUUCUCUACUGGGCUAUUGGUUGAUACAAAUCUAGACACAUCAGUUCCAGACACUUACAGACCACCUCCUGCGCCUAUACCUUAUGAAACAUAUAUAGGCCGCCCAUCUACACCCUCCAGGAAUCAAGAAGAAUCUGGACAUGAAACUGAAGUGGCUUUGGGCAUCACUAAUGUAGUGCGUGUAGAAGACAUAAAUCAUGGCAGCCCACUGGAAACUAAGGUGAAGAAACAACCUGAUAAUGAAGAGAAGGAUGUUGACCUAGAAGCAUCAAAAUUAAUGGAAGAUGAAAGUUCAGAUGAGCUUAAAAAGUCCAGCAAAGUUCUUGAUGCACCUAUAAUCGAUGAGGAUGAUUGUCCAAUUUGUCUUGAAGAAUAUGUUGAAGACAACCCAAAGAUCCUCACCAAAUGUGAUCAUCAUUUCCAUCUUGCUUGUAUACUUGAAUGGAUGGAAAGAAGUGAUAUCUGUCCUGUGUGUGAUAAGGAAAUGGUUAUCAGUCCUGCUGCAGGAGUUUAGUUGCUGUACAUACUGUAUUACGUUUUACCUACUGUGUGAUAAUAGACAAUGAAUGAACCUGCUCAGUCUGUUUGGCACAUCCUUAGCUUGUAGUUUGCUCAUUUUGUCUUGUGAAACGUCUGUAAAUUUGAUUCACUUUGGACCGUGAGAGGAUCUGAGGACUCGAGGAAAAGGGCAAAGGAAAAGGAAUGGGGGGAAGCUCAAGAAUUUUAAGUUGAAAGGUUUCGGGCAAAGUAGCCGGUAUAAUUUUUGAUACUUUUGCGCAUAUACUGCAAGGAAGUGAAGAAUAUAUUUGGUACUACUUGACUAUUUGUUGGAAGAGAAGAAGUGCUUUGUUAUCCAUUGCCUUUAACAUUGCUAUUGCUAUUGGUGCAAUGGCUUACUAAUCCUGCUGCAUCUGCUACCCAUGGUUGGUUCGUCUUUAGCAGGUUGGUAUCCUACACUCUGAUCAUUGUCCGUAUCAUGCACUGAAACUUCGAUCCCCCUUUUCACAAACAAUCAUCCAGGGUUGUCGUGGUGAAGGUUUUGUGUUCUAGUUAGAUGUAAACAACAUGAUUGCAUGGAUUCAUUUGUAUAGAAGAUACAUAUUUUGGACUGCAAUCUCAUACCUAAUUAGUUUGUGGAGUCCUUGCAACACCAGCUGUUUUUUGGAUGGAUUAGACAAAAGAUGUCUUAAAAUUCUUUCAAUAUAGUACCAUAACGAAUUGCUUUGA